CUUCAAGCUAGUACCUGUGCGAGCAUCACUCCAUUCAUAUAUUUAUACUUUCAUAUUGCUCUAAGAAAAUUUCUAUUGAUCUCGAAAAAUGGCUUAUGCUGGAAAGAAUGCUGUCAUAACUGGAGGAGCUGGAGGCAUUGGCUUCCAGGUUUGUGUACAACUUUUGAAAAAUAGCAUUGCGAAUGUGGCUCUUAUUGAUGUUCAAGAAAAUCUUGAAAACAUUGCCAAACUUCGAGCUGCUCAUCCAUCCCAAACGAUACUUCUUAUUAAGAUGGAUGUGGCCAAUAAGCAAGGAAUCGAUGCUGCAUUCGAAGAAAUUAUAAAAAAUUUCGGAAGCAUACAUUUGUUGGUAAAUGUAGCUGGGAUAUUCAAUGAUCUUGAUGUGGCGAGAACGUUACAAGUUAACCUGGGUGGCAUUAUAAACUCAACUUUAGCAGGCAUGAAGCAUAUGAGUAAGGAGAAUGGCGGACAAGGAGGUUUAGUUGCCAAUAUGUCUUCAGUAGUUGGAUUAGAUCCAAUGUUUCUAUUGCCAGUCUAUUCCUCUACAAAACAUGCCAUUAUUGGAUUCACUCGGUGUUUAGGAAACGAUUAUUACUUUCAAAAGACUGGUAUCAAAUUCAUAACACUUUGCCCAGGUGCAACUAUAACAGACAUGUUCACAAAUUUCACAGAAAAAAUUCUAUUUAGUGAUAUGGCUGAUGAGUCCUACACCAUUCUAGAUAGACUCAACAAACAAAGUGCUGCUGAUGUUUCCCGCUGUAUUCUUCAAGCUCUUGAAAGGGAUGAAAAUGGAAAAGUUUACAUAAUUGAAGGUAAAAAGCUAUUUCCAGUUGAAAUGACACGCUAUUGGAGUGGCAUUGAGAAUCAACUAUAAGAAUAAUGUGGAUUCGAGAAUUUCUUUGUAACUUUAUUUACUUGCUUCUAUGAUUGCAGUGUAAUGUCUUAAGCUUGCAAAAGUAAACAUUUUUAUAAGGUAUAAUAAUGGUUUUGUUUAUAGUUAAACCAUUAUAAUAAAUUUGAGCUUAAAAACUGA